AUGGAGUCCCAGCUCACCCUCCCCCAUGGGCGGAGUCCUGCAGCCACGCUUUGGCUUCUUCACUGCAUCACCGCCAUUUCGCUUGUCGCCUGCUCCAUGUCCAGUGCAAAGUGGACUCAUGGGAAUGAGAACGAUCACCUUGCUCUACUAGAAUUCAAGGCCAAUACCAUUGAUCCCGUUGGUGUUUUGAGCUCAUGGAACUCCAGUCACCACAUCUGUGAGUGGUUUGGAGUUACUUGCGGCCGAAGGCACUGGAGAGUCACGCGUUUAGAAUUGAAAUCCCAAGGCCUGUCCGGGACUAUAUCCCCACAUAUUGGGAACCUGAACUUCCUGAGGGUCCUCCAUCUUGGGAACAACAGCUUCCAUUCGAGGAUUCCCCUCGAAGUCGAUCGUUUGUCGAGGCUAGAGUACUUUCUCCUCUACAACAACUCACUCCAUGGACCAAUUCCUCCGAGCUUGCGCACCUGCUCUAAUCUUGUCAGCAUCAGCCUCUUCAAUAACAAACUCGAAGGGCAGCUACCUGUAGAUCUUGGCUUCCUCUCCAAGCUCAAACGGCUUACAUUGGCUCUUAAUGAGUUAAAUGGGGUAAUCCCAGCUUCAAUUGGAAACUUGACAUCUCUAGAGCACCUUAUUAUGGAUGAUAACAAGCUUGGGGGUAGGAUUCCAGAUACUCUGGGCAACUUGAGAAACUUAAAAACGCUUGCUCUUUGGGAUAAUAAUUUAGCUGGAAAUCUUCCUUCGUCAAUCAUCAAUAUUUCUUCCAUGGAAUUUCUUUAUUUAUAUAAUAACCAAUUAGUGGGGGAUGUUCCAUCUUUCCAGCAGAUGAGUAACCUCUACUGGUUCAGCGCGGCUGAUAACUAUCUGGGAAGUGAGCAAGCUAACGAUCUCAACUUCCUCUGCUCAUUGGCAAAUUCCACAACUCUCAAGACGUUGCUUAUAAGUGAGAACAAAUUAGGAGGGGCAAUGCCCAAAUGUAUCGGUAAAAUGUCCAACACCCUUGAUGAUUUCCAAUCGCAUGCCAAUGCUUUAUCUGGGACCUUGCCGAGUAGUAUCGGGUAUCUCAUAGGCUCCAUACCUUCCUCUUUGGGCAAGUGUCAGAGCUUAUUAUUACUAGAUCUUUCAAAGAACAAGCUUGCUGGUGCCAUACCCCCUGAGAUUAUGAGCCUCUCUUCUCUAUCAAUGGCUCCGACUUCUCGGAAAACAAUUUGUCUGGAGAGCUUCCCGUGGAAAUUGGAUAACAUGUUUACAGGUCCCAUACCUUCAACUCUGAGUUCGUUGAAAGGGAUUCAAGAAUUGAACCUCUCCCACAACAGGCUCCCGGGCGAGUUGCCAAAGGAAGGAGUUUUUGCAAAUACGAGUGCAACCUCGGUUCUGGGAAAUAAGGAGCUUUGUGGGGGUCUACCAGAAUAUCGGCUGCCCAAAUGUAAGUCAACUGGCAAAUCAACUAAUGGUAGAGAAACAGAGGAAAACCGUUGCUCCUAG